AUGGGUCAGGUACAGGGUACUCUCGAUGUAACUAUUAUCGAAGGUCGUAAUCUUAAAGAUCAAGACAUCGUAGGUAAGAAUGAUGCAUAUGUUGAAGUUUAUUUGGACAAAGAUUACAAACAACGAACAAAUAUUGCUAAAGAUACAGAUAAUCCAACAUGGAAUCAAAAAUUUACUUUUAAUUUACAAAACAAGACUGAUUAUUUACAUCUCCAUGUGUAUGAUGAUGAUGCUGUGGGUCGAGAUUCGAUUGGUUCAGCAAAAAUUGAUUUGAAAAAACAUGUGUUUGGAAAGGAAUGUUAUAAUGCAUGGGUCACACUGCCGAGUAUGCUUGGUCUUCGUUCUAAAGGUGAAAUUCAUGUCAUUAUUAAGCAUCAUGCAAAAAAUUAA